CGACCUCGUCCCAGUGACGUCCUCCCCGCUCGUCCAGCCCACCAACGGCUCGUCCACCCCAACAGCGACGCCCCACCCUCCCUCCGGGGCAGGCACUCCCUCCGCCGCGCUCGCUUCUGCCAAAGCCGCUGCCGGAUCAUCGAGCGGCACCAUGGGCACGUUUGGUGUCAAGUCCGGGCUUGCCCAGAUGCUCAAGGGAGGCGUGAUCAUGGAUGUCGUCACGGCUGAGCAGGCACGUAUUGCCGAGGAGGCAGGUGCAUGCGCCGUCAUGGCGCUCGAGCGUGUACCGGCGGAUAUCAGGGCUCAGGGAGGUGUGGCGAGGAUGAGCGACCCGAAAAUGAUUAAGGACAUCCAGGCGGCGGUCACUAUUCCCGUCAUGGCCAAGGUCCGGAUUGGGCACUUUGUGGAGGCACAAAUCUUGCAAGCUAUUGGCAUCGAUUAUAUCGACGAGUCGGAGGUGCUUACCCCUGCUGACGAGCAGCACCAUAUCAACAAGCAUGCUUUCAAGGUGCCCUUCGUCUGCGGCUGCCGCGACCUCGGCGAGGCUCUGCGCCGUAUCUCUGAAGGCGCAGCCAUGAUCCGCACGAAAGGAGAAGCCGGGACGGGCAACGUGGUCGAGGCGGUGCGCCACAUGCGCCAAGUGAUGAGCGACAUCAAGCGUGCGAGCGCGAUGGCCGAGGAGGAGCUAUAUGCGUUUGCAAAGGAGCUUGGCGCACCGUUCCAUUUGCUGAAAGAGACGGCGAGGCUGAAGAGGCUCCCUUGUGUUAACUUCGCCGCUGGUGGAAUCGCUACGCCAGCCGACGCGGCACUGAUGAUGCAGCUUGGAUGCGACGGCGUCUUCGUCGGCUCCGGCAUCUUCCACUCGGGCGACCCCGUCAAGCGCGCUCGGGCGAUCGUCCAAGCCGUCACGCACUACAACAACCCGAAGAUCCUAGCCGAGAUCUCGAGCGACCUAGGCGAGGCAAUGGUUGGUCUGACGAUUGAUAAUAAUCUGAAGGGGGGCCAGUAUGCGGGUCGGGGUUGGUGAACGGCGGAUUUGGCCGAGGCUGUGGAAUAGGAACUAGGUUAAUUUAGCUGUUUAGACUGGGCUGGAAUUGAUACGGAAU